UUUAUGCUGGGAUUACAUAUUGUUAACUGUCAAUGCUUUUUUCCCCCCCAUUGAGCAUAGAUACAGCGCGUGUUGAAGCAUAUUGUAAUUACUUUUGUUGUUUCGCAUUACUUAGCAACUGACUGGUGGCACAGUGAUUAAGGCAUUGGGUUGAGCAAGACCACACAACUGCUCAGUUAUCUGACUUGAGUUUCUACAGGCCCUCCUCUUAUAUCUAAUCACACCUUUAAAAAAUAGCGAGCGGAGUGGCUUUUCAGGACACGCUCACUCCUUCGCCAGUGGCCAGCCACUUCAAGCUGUUACAGAUUUGUGGAACUGCACAUUACGACAGUAGUUGGUGGGGUGUGUGGGACGGGGCCAUGGAGGCACCUGAGGGGGAAGGCCGCACGUUUAUGCAAGUGAUGAGUGAGAAAUACAGCCCUGAGAACUUCCCCUACCGCCGGGGCCCUGGCAUGGGGGUGGUUGUACCGACUGGCCAUCAGGGCUCUCCUAUGAAAGACAGACUGAACCUGCCCAGUGUGCUGGUCCUGAAUGGCUGUGGAAUUAGCCUAGCAGGGGAUGAAGGAGAGAUCGCAGCUUUUUGUGCUCAUGUGGUUGAACUGGAUUUAUCUCAUAACAAAUUCCAGGACUGGAAUGAGAUCAGUAAGAUUGUUAUGAACAUUCCAAACCUGCAAUGCCUGAACCUUAGCUCAAACCCACUGAGUGACGCAGCGCUGGAGUCGUUCUGUGCUGAGGCAUUAAUUAGAGUUCACCGCCUCGUCCUCAACAACACUCAGAUUUCUUGGGACGUCGUCCACGCCUUCACACGAGCGAUGCCUGAAUUGGAGGAGCUUUUCCUGUGCCUUAACGAGUACAGCACUGUGAUGGUGUCUGCCACUCCAUGUCCUUCUCUGCGGCUGCUGCACAUUACAGACAACAAUCUGCAGGACUGGAGCGAGGUGCGCAAGUUCGGCACCAUAUUCCCCUCCCUCGACACGCUCGUCUUGGCUAACAACAACCUGAACUCCAUUCUUGACUCUGAGGACAAUCUUCGCCGACUCUUUCCUAAUCUGCGUAGCAUCAAUCUGCACAACUCGGGUCUCAGUCGAUGGGAAGACAUAGAGAAGUUAAAUUUUCUACCCAAGCUGGAGGAAGUGAGAUUGCGGGGCAUUCCUCUGCUGGAGACCUACACUAACACAGAGGGGCGCAGUCUCAUGAUAGCUCAGUUGCCUCAAGUGACUUGCCUCAACGGGAGCAUUGUUACAGAGUUAGAACGUGAGGAUGCUGAGAGGUUCUUCAUCCGUUAUUAUCGGGAUCACUCUGAAGAGGAGCUUCCUCACAGAUAUCACUGUUUGGUGACGAAGUACGGGAAGCUGGCGCCACUGGCCGAGAUCGACCUGCGGCCGCGCUGCCACGCUAAGGUGGAAGUGCGCUGUGAGGACCGGGUAGAGCAGAUGAAUAUCCGGCUGGACCAGACCGUGGCUGAGCUGAAAAAGCAGCUGAAAGCAGUGGUGCGACUCUCAGUCACUAACAUGCGUCUCUACUACAUUGACAAGGACAUGCACUCAGCCUUUGGGCCUGAAGAGAUGAAGUAUAGCACAAGGGCCUUGCAUUCCUACAGCAUUCGGGAUGGGGACGAGCUCCUGGUGGUGCCCAAGACCAAAUGAGUGACUGGUAUAAGGAAUAAGAUGAAACUGCGCUGGAAUAAUUUGUGUCUAUACUAACACGCCAUAGACUCCACAAUGUGUGUGAGACAUGAUUCCAAAAAAAAUAAAUAUAUAUAUACAUAUAUAUAUAUAGGCUUUUCAGACCGCCUUGAAUUUUAGAGACAUUACAUUGUGUAUUAAAGGGCAUCUUGCAGCUCACAUUGCUGUUCAGUGUGUGUGCCGCUGCGUUUGUUGACAUGCCGUACAUUUGGCUUUCGUCAUUUAUGUUGCCUUUGACCAUGAAUGGGGUUUGCGGUUAACUGUUUAGUAAAUGCCUGUUUCUUUAAAAGGAAAGCACAAAAGAGCUUUGCUAGUUCAAAAAGUGCAUCCUGUGAAACUUGACAAUCAUCUGCCACCAGUUAUAUUGUAGUUUGCCGCAGGAGGGAGAAAAGGAGUGACACCCCGUGAUUGUCCUAAGGAGAAAAUGGUGGAUUUGUAGAUGGUAUAUGUAUAGCAUAACUCUCAGGCCACAACGUUCGACAGUAAUUAGUAAUCUGACAGUAUAAUAAGGAGGGACAUGCUAAAGAUAAAUGAGUUUAUUUAUUUUGUAAUUUUUGGUUUGUGCAUGAAUACACUGCAAGUUAAUGUCUACCCUGGUGGUUAUCUGAAUAGAUUAUACUUGUACCACUUGAAUCCUGUGUGCACGAAGUUUGCAUGGUCUCCCAGUGCUUUCCGGUUUCCUCCGCAAGUCCAAACACACAUGUUGUAGGCUGAUUGGCAUUUCCAGAUUGUCCGUAGUUGUGUGUGUGUGUGUGUGUGUGUGUGUGUGUGUGUGUGUGUGUGUGUGUGUGUGUGUGUGUGUGUGUGUGUGUGUGCCCUGCAAUGGGUUGGCCCCCCGUCUAUGGUGUUCCUUGUCUAUGGUGUUCUUACCUUGUGCCCCGAGAUCCCUGGGAUAGGCUCCAGGCUCCCUGUCACCCUUUGUAGAAAAAUGGAUGGAUGAAUGGAUAUUUGCUCAUUUUAAAUCAAAGAAAUAUGUGCCUACGCAGGCAUUAUAAAGUAAUAGAGGUACGUCUAUAGUGUCUAUAAAGUAUAGUGUAAGGUUGGAACAUAAGUAAUAACCUGAAUUAUAUCAUAUAUAUUGUCAUGCAAUUCCUACCUCCUGAAGUGCAGUCAAUGGUGCAGUGGAUUUCAGCUGCAUUUUUCUUAAUUUGUUUCCUUUUUCUUUUUAAAUCAAACUCAGACAAUUUGCUUAAUUUCUUUAUAGUUUGGUUGACUCGAUUGGAAUUAAAGACAAUGCUGUAGAAUAUAUACAUACGUAUAUAAGGAAAAUACAAUAUGUGAUAUGCUCCA